AUGACACCUGGUGGAAUUACGCGAAAAAGGUACUUGACCGUGGAAGGAGUUUCGCAUUAUCGGGGAGCCUCAGCCAACUUGGAAACUAACCAAACAGCGCCCUGCUCGAAGUAUGCAAAGGAGGUUAGUGAUUAUUCACUUAAAGUUUUAUCGCAAUACCACUCUUUUUUUGCAAGUUUUACGCAUUUAAACAGGAUUAAAUCACCGGGAACAACAGAGGCCAGCGAAGCGACAUUCAAUAGGACGGAAGUUGAACGAAUAAGAAAGUGGGUUUUGACCUAUUUCAACCCCAACAAAGACCUCACCGUGAACAAGUCCCAAGUCUACCCAGGAAAACGCAUCAGGUACGAACUCGAACGGCGAGGGAAGAAGCCUAAAAUAACCCAAGAAUUCUACCGCCUAGUUCCCGAGUCGUCACCCCUUCUUGACAAGCACUUCCGGUCUUGUGCUGUCGUGGGGAAUUCUGGGAUCCUGCUAGGCAGCCGUUGUGGUCCUCAGAUCGACUCAGCAGACUUCGUGUUCAGAUCGAACCUUCCUGUAAUUGAAGGCUAUGAGAAGGACGUGGGGACAAAGUCUAACUUCACCACCAUGAAUCCGUCUGUUCUCUCGCACAACUACGAAGGAGACCUUGAAAAUGAAUCGGUCCUACGAGAGAAGUUUGUAAAACGACUGCGUCUCCUCGAGGACCAGAUUCUGCACAUCCCUGCCUUUGUGUCGCCCAUAGGAUAUACAAACGUGGAGAUCACUAACAGAGUGAUACUUCAAUAUCAACUGCCGGUCAAGUUAUCGUACGCGCCAUGGAACACAAAUGAAAAGAUAAUGGCGAUGUGGAACAACUCAGAGUUCAGGGUAAACCGACCAUCGACAGGGAACGUCUUAUUCACCGUUGCGGCCUGCCUGUGCGACCAGAUACACCUGUACGGGUUCUACCCGUUUCUAACGGACCGAGAUGGACAAAGGAUAAAAUACCACUACUAUGGACACAUGAAAAAACGGUACUUCGAUCCUACUCACGAAAUGACUGAAGAGUAUCGGGCGUUGCAGGCGCUCCACCAGCGGAAGGCACUGGUACUGCAUACAGAGCCUUGUUAUGACGUACAUUAGUCUGUGUAACACAAACUCUGCUGUCCGGGGCUGUA